AUGCGCUUCAGCACCAGCAGCAUAGCGCUCGCCCUCGUUGGCACCUCAUGGGGCGCAGCUCAGGCACCGCCCUCGUACAAUUUCCCCUCCGACAGUGCCGUAGCUGGUAUUGCGGAUUGUGCUCAACGCGAUGUAAUCAUCGCCAUUGCUCGCGCCAGCUGUAACCCUGCAGACAAGACCUGCAUCUGCUCUAAGCUCGACCUCAUCACCAACAUCAACCGCAUCAUCAACCAGGAAUGCUCCGGCACUGAUCUACAGACCUCCUCCGCCUUCUUCAUAAACUACUGCCCCAACAUCCGCGUUGUCUCGCCCGUCUCCAGCAGCGUGACCCCCGCAUCGACCCAUUCGUCGACGCACUCAUCGACCUCUUCAUCCACCGUCUCCAGCAGCGUGGCCCCCUCGUCGACCCAUUCGUCGACGCCCUCAUCGACCUCUUCAUCGACCAUCUCCGCCACCACCUCGCUAGCCCCCAUCUCCACAGGCCCUAGCUCCUCCUCUUCCUCCUCCUCUUCUUCUUCUCGCUCUCGCCGUACCGGGAGCACGACACUUUCUCCCGCUAACGCCACCACUACCGUCACCGUGGGCCCCACGAACGCUACGACUACAAGCUUCGGCCCCUCCAACAGCACCAUCACCCGCGGCUCGAACUCCACCAUCACGGUCCCGCCGCCAGUUACUGUUGUCACGACCACCAACGGCGCGGGCCAGCUCACCACUUUCACCUCGACGACCGGCGGAAACGGUGGCAACGGAGGUAACGGUGGCAACGGGCAACCGGGCAACGGCGGCAAUGGGCAAGGCGGCAACGGCGGCAAUGGGCAAGGUGGUAAUGGGCAAGGCGGGAAUGGGCAAGGCGGGAACGGCCAAGGUGGAAGUGGUGGAGCGCCACAGCAGACUAUCAACGCUGCGCCUGGCGUCGAGGUGCCCGGUUGGUUCGAUGCGAGGGUUUGGGGUGUUGGGCUGGGGAUGGGUGCUAUGGGGGUUGUGUUUGCGGAGCUGUAG